AAUAGUAUAAUCUUUCUAGUUAAACUCGUGAUAAUAAAUUAUUUCAGUAUGGCUCGUCGAAAAUAUUUUGAAAAAUCUUUUGGUGAUUCUCUACGAACACUUAAAAUGCCAACGAAAUUAGAUAAAUUGAUGGAAAAAUUGCCAAAACCAGAAGGGGCAGUACCAAAUUUUGGAUUACCGCGAUGGCAAAUUAUGUCAUUAGACGCAAAACUUCCUUCAGUUCCAGCACCAAAGGAUGCUUAUCAUUUUUCACGAAGAAAAAUUGGCCAAGAGCUAUUUAUUCAAUUCAAAGAUGCGCAAUUUCAUUUAGAUGAUCCGUAUAAUUAUGAAAUUGAUGUUUCAUAUGAUUCAUUACAUGAUAAACAUUUAGUCAACUAUUUUUCUAAAAAAAAUAUAUUAAAAUAUUUGAUUCAACGUGGUUUUGUAACCAAAAAUUUGGAUGCUAUUUGUACUGUGAAGGAAUAUAACAUGCAUAGAAAAUAUUUAAAAAAAUUGUUUAGUGAUAAAAUUAAAAAGGAAUUUAAACGUCAAGGAGAUUUUUUCAUUGAUAAUAAAAUACUCAGAAAUGCUGAGUCGCAAGCCCAAAAAGAUAUUGAAAGGAUAAAAAUUCAAGAGCAAAAGCAAUUACUGAGGGAAAAACUACUUCAAAAUGUAAUGCUCAGUGAGAAAGAAAAAUUGAAAAAGCAAAAAAUGAAAGCAAAAAAAGAUAAGGAACGAUUGGAAAAAAUUGAAAGAAAUAAGAGAGAACAUUUGCAACAAAUGAAGUUGAAAUCAAAGCUACAUACUGAAAAUGUAAAGAAAAAACGAUUGAUGAUGAUCCGAAAGUAUCAAAAUAAAUUAAUAACUAAUCUAUUGAAACGCGCAAAACGAGAAAAAAUUCGUGAAAAAACAAUACGAGAAAAAGAAUUCCAAGAAGCCGAGCGAAAAAGAAGGAACUUGGAGCAAAAAUGGCAAAAGAAACAACAAUUUCAGCGACAGCAAAUUGCAACAGAAAAAUUUCUAUCGGAAUAUGCUUUAGAACGUCGAAAAAUUGCAAUUAAAAAAUAUAAUAAAAAAAUGAGCAAAAAUAAAAAUCGUAAAAAAGAAAAUGUUAGCAGAGAAUUUAAGAUCAAAGUGAGAAAAUUUUCAAAGCGUAAGAAAAAAAGAUCUCAGGUGGAAAAGAACUCCUUAAAAAGAUUAAGGAAUGCAAGGCUGGAGAGUAAAAAAAAGCCUGCCUUGAAUAAAUUAAAAAAUGUUCAUAAUAAGGAAGAAAGAUCAUCAAAAGACGAUUUAUGUUUAAUGACUGACAAAUGUAAAUGUGACAAUCCUGAAAAUGAGUUGUGUGAGGACCAUCAAUAAAUAGUAAAGAAAAAAAUGAACUCCAGAAACAGAAAUUUAAUGUAUCCAACACAAAUAUCCAGUCUAUAGCUUUGGCAUGGCCUGGAUUUGGAUGAAAUUCUGAUUGCGAAAAAUUGUCUAUUGAUAUCGUUCGAUCUUUUAGACCUUCCAAGAC